AUCAUUGUUUGUUUACAUCCGAUUCUAUUUUCAGACACCGUGCAGUGACCACAGACUGACAGAAGCUGAGAGUGGAAAGACUGUUGAACAGAGGUAGACCAGUAUGGACCGAGAAUGGCAGCUGGGGAAGACCCUGGCGGAGUGUAACUGGUACAUGCUUGACAACCAAAUAGAUUGUGAUGUCACCUUCCGAGUGGGUGAGGCUAGGGAGAUGGUCAUGGCACACAAAUAUGUGCUGGGCAGUCGCAGCGCAGUGUUCUAUGCCAUGCUGUAUGGACCCAUGGCAGAGAAAGGUGGCAUCUUUAUCACAGAUAUGGAGCCUCACACUUUUAAGAGUCUGUUGAGAUACAUUUAUACAGAAGAGGCAAUGUUAUCAGGGGACAAUGUUUUGGCUGUAAUGCAUGCUGCCAACAAGUAUGCUAUGGUUGGUCUCGAGGAUAAAUGUGUCAAUUUCCUUAUGCAGAAUCUCACAGCAGAAAAUGUCUGCUCUGUUCUGGAAAGUGCUCACUGCUUCAACAAGGAGUCGGUUUUGAGCCACUGUGUGGAAUUCAUCAAAGACAGUCCUGGGGCAUUUGAGACUGAUAACUUUCUCUCCCUCUGUUCUGAAUGUCUUCGGAAAGUGCUAUUGUUGGAUGAUUUGGUUAUGGAUGAGGAAGAGAUUUUCCAUCGAGUAAUGGAAUGGGCUUCUGUGCAGUGUCAGAAUUUACAUUUAGACAACAAUGGGGUCAACAAAAGAAAUGUUUUAGAAAACUGCUUGUAUUGUAUUAGAUUCCCUAUCAUGAGAAUGGCUUUCUUUAAUGAGAUAGUUUGUAAGACUGACAUUUUGUCAGAAAGAGAAAUAGAAGAUGUGACAAGGCAAAUGGCAGAAGUGAAAAUUUGUCAGACUAAAUUCUGUGUUCGAAAACGCAGAGGUACAGAUUUGUACAGCUGCAAAAGAUUCUCGUAUGAUAGAAUUGACUUGAAAUGGGGGCGCAAGACAGGGAGGAUAGACUUUUAUGUCGAUGUUCAGAUCAUUUUGACAGGGCUCUUACUGUAUGGAGGACAUGGGACUGAUUCCAAUAGACCUUAUGUGUAUGCUGCACUGGAAGACAGUGAUCAUGAUCAAGUCUUAACAGAUGUUACAAAACAAGUCAGUGUUGAACCAGAAAAAACAAUCUUCAAAUUGAAAUUCCCAAGGUCAAUCCGACUUGAGCCGGAUGUUCGGUACUCGGUGUUUGUCCAGAAGGAAGGCUGGGAUAGCCACUGGGGUGAUGCAGGCAUGGCCAGUGUUGUGACACAAGACGUCAAUUUCUACUUCUUAACAACAUACAAAUCAGAACAAACCAAUCGAGCACGCGGUCUGAUUCCGGGUUUGUUGUUCACGAAGGGGUAUCCGACAAACACAGACCACGAAUCUUUGGGAGUGAAGAGGAAGCACGAUGAAUCUGUACACUUCAGUGCUUGUUAGGAUUUGUUGCUAAUUUGUAUAAAUUUAUUUUUCUGUAUGUUUUUGAUGACACUUAAAUGACCCUUCCCCCCAAUUUUCCAGUUGUCAUUUAAUUGUGACCAGCUUUAAAAACCACUUCAUUUUUUUUUCACUUGUAGUCCACUAAAGAAUGGAAACCUUAAUAUUAUCAUUUUAAUCAGAUUGUAGAAUUCGAUGGUUAUCUUCUAGUUGAUUUGGACUUAGUCUCAUUUCAGUUAAUAUACACGAUAACCUUAAUUUCAGUUGCUGAUUACCUUGACUCGGGCUAAGUGUCAUACACAUGCUUUUUUUCUCUGUGUGUUUAUAAAUAUUUACUCCCCUUCCAGAGUAUUCAAAGGUGCCAUAAUGACGAGUAACUGAAAAUAUGCUUCUUGUAUUACGUGCAAUUGUGGUUGUAAAUACAGUUGAACUUCUCGAACACCGAUAUCUUGAAUACCAUGGAUAUGUUGAAGUGAUUCGAAAGUCCCACCCACUUAUUCUAAUAAGUAUUUUACCCUCAAUAUUUCGAAUCUUCAGAUAUCUCAAAGUUUUUUUCUUGAUCCCGUCGAGUUCGAGAUUACACUGUUUACUAUGUUUAUAGGAUGAGUGGUUUUGAUUGUUGUAAAGUACAUUAUGUCAUUUAGGAUUGACCACUAGUCCUUUGAUACAAUAUUUGUAUUGAUAGAUUUUCAUAGGCUACAGUCUUAUUCUGGAUCAGAGGUUGUGUUUAAUAUGAAAUAUAUGUAAAUGACCAAAUUUGAAAAAGUGGACAUUUCUGCAGAGAACCAGGCCAAUACCAGCUAUAAUUGUCUUGUAUAGAAUUCCACAAGCUGACAUUUUGGCAGGGAAAUUUUGGCAUGUAGUAAUGGUAUCAAGCUUAUAUUAUCAAAUGAUAACAACUUUAUUUCAAUUCAUUCUAUUUAAUUUUUAAGACACCUCAGGGUUGAUAUAGUUAGGGAGUCUUGGUUUUUCUUUUUGAUGUAAUUCAUCUCUGGGUAUGGGUUUAAUGUAAGUUUAUAUCUUAAUAUUUUUUGCAUUUAAGUUAAAAUAGGGAUUUUCAUGAAAUUGAAUUAUCUCUAGAGUUCCUAAAAGUCCACAAAAAUGUAGAAAAAAACCCACUCCUUGUGUACUUUACUGGGUUAGGGAAAGUCCACCUUGAACGAGAUUCACAGUGUAGGAACUCAAUAUAGCUCGUCCCCUCGAACGAGAUUCACUGUGUAGGAACUCAAUAAAACUUGUCCCCUCAUUGGAUUUUAUCCCAUACUAAUGAAGGAUUCUAUUCGAGUAUAUCAUUGACUCGGGUAUCACUGCCACGGUUUUCAGUUUGCUUUGGUCCUCAAAAACUCUUAGUUGUCAGACUGAAUACCCCUUUGACUGCAUAGAUAGGGAAUGUGCAUGUAGUGCUAGGCUAUAGAAAAGUUUGUAGGAUAUGAGAGAGGGUGUGUGCCCUUUUUCAUACAUUCUGUUUGUGGCAAUGCAUGUCAUUUCUUGCCUUGUUCUCAAUAAUUUUCUCCUUUUUAGCUCACCUGUUUGUUCAUGACACUUGAGUUUUGGGUGGAGCAUCAUAGUUUUACAGAGCAAUAGAUGAUACUUUUUUUUUUUUUUUUUUUUUUUUUUUUUUAAAUCUUCUCGAUGACCACUUGGGUACAAUUUGUGAAAUUACUAUGCAAGAAAGAUUGUUAACACCAAGGCUAUUUGGGUCAUAACUGAUUGUGAUCAAAUAUGAUUGCUUAGGUGAGUGAAGUGGCACAUAGAGCCCGUUUUCUCUUGUACUGUCAUUAAUGACCACCAAAGCCAGGGAUUUUCUCAUUGUUUUAGUUGGAAUAUAUUUUGACAGUUUUUGUUAUUAGUUUUAUUAUUAUACAUUGGUGUCUUUCAGUAUAUUUUGAUUUAGUUUGCUGAUGUGUAUAGAGUAUUUUUACUUACAUUAUAGUGUGUACUUUCUUGUUCGGAAAUUACCAAGCAUGAAAAAAUUGUUAAAUUAUCACCACAAAUGAGGAGAGUAACAAUUGUAAAAUGUAUCCAGUAUAAUUCCUAUUUAUUUCCAAAUUAUAGUCCCAGUUUCAGCAUCUUAAAAUUUGUUUUUCAGCUUUCUAGAAUUUGACACUGUGUACUCAGUAAAACUAUUGAUUCUGAGCCUAUUUUUAUAAUUUUCCUUACGUACUCUGUACAUUGCAUGUAGAAUCCAACACAAAAUCUCUCUCGGAGCAUAUUAGACAAGUCUUACAGUAGAAUAUUUAUGAAAAUGGUGUACAUUAUAUAACAGGGUUCAACACUUACAGAUAUUGAUGGGCCGAUAGAGAUAGUCUGUCCUAUAUUUAGCAAAAUGAUAGAACUUUACGAGAGCUUUCAUGAAACUCUUAAUAUGCAACCCUUUUUUGGGGAGGGGGGGGGGGGGGGUGUAGUGUUUAUUAAACACAUCUUAUUACAUUUUUCUUUUGCAAUUUAUUUGAAUAGUAAAGGAAGAACUGCUUAUAAAAUUUAUGAUUUUCCAUUGCUUUGUUACUUUUUCUUUCUGCAAUAAAUGCCACCGAAGAAUCACUUCAAAAUCACCAUGAUUACCAUGCACCAGUAAUACUUGCUGAAUUUAAUACAUAACAACAACCCAACCCCCCAAAUUAUUCACUUAAAUUAACUGCUGCAAGCAAACUGUGGAUAUCUACUAGUUUGUCUGCAUGCAGCUGUUUGCAAUAAAUAUACCUGGUACAAGGAAAAUGUCUUGUUUACAGAAUUAAAUAAUAUGCAGGAUAAGGAAAAUGUCUUGUUUACAGAAUUAAAUAAUAUGCAGGAUACUGCAACAUUUUGACAGUUGUCAAAUUCAGUGAAUCAUUGGUUCAGAGCAAUCAGCUGACACUGAAAGGAUUCUAUAUAGGUUCAACUUUGUAACUCUUACACAUGCAUUUUAUAGUACAUCUGGAGUCCUUGUACUCAAGUGUACUUUUUAUACGGGACAUUUUGGUACAUCAAGGUCUGUAAGUCCAUCCCGCCCAUCUGUUUCUAUUUUCAGUUUUUUGUCACCUAUCCAGUUGAAACUUGCUAUUUAGCUUCUUUGUGGGUCACUCUAGAUCAUUUUGCAAUUUUGACUUCUCUUGGAGGAGUUUUGCCCCUUUAUUUGAAAAUUAAACUUAUAUGGAGGGUACAUAAUUUUUUCUGGCUAACUCCUCUCAGUUUUCAAGUGAAGACGUUAUUUUACAGUGUUUAUAUGGGUAUUGAAAAUAUGCAUGCGGCAAGGAUUUUGAUUUUCUUCAAUUUUUGAGAAAAUUACAUGUUGAACUUAAGUUUUGAGGAAAUACUAUGAAGAGGGUACAUGAUUUGUCUAACUCCUCCCCCAGUUUUCUAGUGAGGACCUUCUUAGUCUACAGAAUGUUUGUAUAAGUAUUGAAGAUGUGCAUGUGACAAGGACAAAUAUCUUUGAAAGAACCCAAUGCUUGACAAACAUUAACUGUGAUACACUGAUACAGCCUAAGGAAUAGAUAACCCCUAUUGAUUUUUUUUAAGGUCUAAAGGUCCAAUAGGACAGUGAGAUAUUGUCUACUCAUAUCUUGAGAACCCUUUGCUUGACAAACAUCAAAUGUGAUACACUGAUUCAGCCUAAGGAAUAGGUGACUCCUAUUGAUUUUUUUAAGGUCUAAAGGUCCAAUAGGACAGUAAGAUAUUGUCUACUCAAACUUAGUACAUUGGUUCCUCCUAAGAAGUAGAUGUUCUAUAUCGAGUUUGAGGCGACAAGAACAAACUGGACAUGGGACCUUUUCUUGACAGACAUCAGUUCGUACACUGGUUCUAUCUAAUGAAUAGACGACUCCUAUUGAUCUGAGGUCAAAAGUGAAACUACUCUGGACGUAAUCUCGAGAAACCUUUUCUUGACCGACAUUAAACUUGGUACACUGGUGCCCCCUAGAGAAGAUGGCCCCAAUUGGUUUUUAAUUCACAAGGUUGAAGGUCAUGAUUCAAAUGACUGGUUAUUUAGAAAUGUUUGCUCAGUAUCUUGAGAGAUUUUAACAUAUUACAGUUACCCCUAACUAGUAUAUAACCUAUAUUUUUCACUAUCACUACUAUUCUAAAUGUAAAGUUAAUCCUUUUCAAUGUUGCCCUGUGGGAGGGUUAUAUAUGUUUUUAAAACAUUUCUUGUUACUUGCAGUUCUGAAUGUGCAGUCCAUUGAAACUUGAUAAAAAGAAAAAAAUAGAUACUAGAUCAUUAAAGUGGACACAGGUUUUGAUCGAGUCCACUUUCUACAAGACUUGGUCCUCGGCCACAGAUAUAUAUUGGCCAACUAAAUGAUAAACGUCAAAGGCUGCAAUGACAUCAAACUAGGCCCUAUCCGAUAUCUCACCAGGAGAUAGCAGACAGAAAGACUUGUUUUGAAGAUCAGCUUAUAAGUGAAAUGCGAAAACGAAAGUAGAAAUUCAACUGAUGACAAAUUAGCACUACAUCUACAUGACUGUAUGCUUGACACUUUAAGAAUAACCAUCCAUGGCUUUUACCAUAUUCCCAUUUAUUUGUUGGAACAAAAUACCUGCAAUGUGUAAAUUGCCACCUCAUACAUUAUAGAAAGUAGAACAAGAAAUUUAAAUACUUUGAAUUUUUAUUUCAUGCUAUCAAGUAAACAAGUUGAAAUUCAUCAUACACAUGUUUCAAAGGUGGAAAGCUUUUUAACUUGGAAGGAAAUAUAAAAGUUAAUGCAUGUAAAAACAGAUUGAAAGUGCUAGUAUAGUCCCUUUUAAUGACCACAUUCAAUUUGACAAUUAACUUGUGACUUAAAUGUUCUAUACAAUUAUAUACAUAAUUAUGUAUUGCGUUAUCUAUGUCCACUUUAAGAGUUGUGCUGCAUUUUUAAUUACAUGUAAUGUUAUAAAUGAAGAAUUUAAAAAAAAUUAAUAAACUUGUACUGCAAUUCA